ACUGCACCACCGAAUGAGAUCUGCAGGCUGUGUCAGGAGAUCGCUGCUCCUCUCGGGACUAUUUACAGUAAAGUGUGUCAGCGCGAGGUGGGUCGGGAGGAGUGGCGCUGGCAUCCUGCUUUGCAUGAACCGCCGGGACUCCCGGAGUUAGUGGCCGCAGUUGAGAUAUUUCCUGUCAGCCGCACAACAGCCGAGGCGAGGGCGCAGGAGACGGAGACGACGAAGAAGAAGAAAAAGUAGAAGAGGGGAUGGCGGAGAACAGCUGCGAGGCGAGCGGUUCCGUCCACCGGAGAUGUCCGGCCCAUUCUCCGACGGAGAGACACGUCCCGGCCGGGGUCGGGGCGGCCAAGUGGAUUCGACUGAACGUCGGCGGGACGUAUUUUUUAACGACGAGACAGACGCUCUGUCGAGAUCCAAAAUCCUUUCUGUACAGACUGAGCCAAGCUGACCCCGAGCUCGACUCUGACAAGGAUGAAACCGGUGCCUACCUAAUAGACCGGGACCCCGCGUACUUCGGGCCGGUGCUCAACUACUUGAGACAUGGAAAGCUGGUGCUCAACAGGGACUUGGCAGAGGAAGGUGUGUUGGAAGAGGCCGAAUUCUACAACAUCACAUCAUUAAUCAAGCUCCUCAAGGACAAGAUCAGGGACCGCGACUGUAAAACAUCACAGGUCCCAGUGAAGCACGUGUACCGUGUGCUGCAGUGCCAGGAGGAGGAGCUCACGCAGAUGGUGUCCACCAUGUCCGACGGCUGGAAGUUCGAACAGCUUGUCAGUAUAGGUUACGGGCGGGCCCACCAGUCAGAGUUUCUGCUGAUUGUGUCAAGGGAGGUGAAGGGAGAGGAGUCUGCUUUGCCAAACAACAGCGGAGAGCUGGUCAGCAUCGGCUCCUCCUACAACUACGGCAACGAGGACCAGUCCGAGUUCCUGUGCGUGGUCUCCAAGGAGCUGCACAACCAGUCGUACGGGACCAACAGCGAGCCCAGUGAGAAGGCCAAGAUCCUUCAGGAACGCGGUUCCCGGAUGUGAAGAGGACUCCGUAUUAUGAGCUCCGGGUGUUAUGACGCUAACAUAUCAUCUUUGUGGAAGAACGUUGGGCACAAUGGAGAUUUAAAGGAGGGCUGUGCAUUUGUUUUGUGUUUUUUCUCUAUUUUUUUUGUUUUAUUUCUUGAUGUAAAUAAGUCUGUUUACUGACAAUUUGUGCCUGUGCAUUUAAACUGGACCUUUAUUUUUUAAUUUUUUUAAUUAGCGCCACGUUUCUUUUUCUUUUCUUCAAGUAAGUAAUUUCAACGUAGAAAUGUUUUACGCUACAGAAUACGGCCGCCAUCAUCGUAUAAGGCCAACGGUUCACUCAGGGUCAUCCGUUGAGUUCAUUCUUAUCGUAGGGAUCGGUCUUCAUGGUCUUCAUGGUCUUCAUCACUCAAUCACUGUUUAGAAACCUUUAAGGGAAUUGAGUUCAUUCAGCACCUGGUAGGCAGUUAUUAAAUAAAACCAACAGUUACGCUGAGAUUUGUGAUCAUGAGGAUGAGCUUUACAACACCGACGUUUUGCAGAUGCGUUUUUAAACGUUUAGAGCAGCGAAUAAUAUGAGGAGCUUUUAUUGGUGAUGAGCAAUGUUUCCACAUAAUGAACAGGACGAUGAAAGCCCCGGUUUCCCCAACUCAGCGGCCUUGAGAGAGAGAGAGGUUUUUUUAUUGCUUAUUCUCGUUCUUUUGUUGCUCAAAAAGUCGACCGUGUGGUCAAAACGUCCACUUAACUUCUGUUCUUAUUCUAGAGCCAAGUGUUACACAUUUAAUCACAUGAUCAUUCAAAAGGCUGUUUCAAAGUAAGAGUUCCGCUGCUCCUGCAGACGUGAGACUUUGUAAAGCGGUAAAUUGCUCUCUAAAUGUUGUAAAGUACCUGUUUUUUUGUAUAACUUUUAACUUGCCUAACAACUUUUGGAACUCCUCAUGUUCAUAAGUCUACAGUUAACUGCCAAAAUAUUCAAAAGUGGUUUGAUAAUGUGAAUUCUGUUUUUAAACUGACUUUUUUUUUUUUGUCCCGUUUCUCAUCGGGACAAAUAUUCUUGAGACAAGGGCGUCUUUUAAAAAAAAAAAAAAAAAAAAGAUUUCCCUCUGAGUUUGCUUGACUAGUUUAUUGGGUAUGUUUGAGGGAACAUCGUGUUUGAUUAAAUCCUUUUUUUAGGGGCAACAGUCGGCCUCGUGGGAGUUUUCGGGGGGCUGGAAGCGCUCGAAGGCCGAGGACUUUCUUUACGUAAACCGGAGGGGUUUUUUUUAUGUAAAUAAAACAAAUUCAAUAUUAAUAUUUAACUCUUCAAAGAAAAGCAAACUGCACGUUUUGUACACUGUAGAGAAAACACAACUUGAAACCACGGUUGUUUAUACUGGAUGAUUUUUGACAACGUUAACUUCUGUUUUGCAUUGUUUGUACAGGAUUUCUGAGUUAAGAUUGAAACAGCUGAUGCUGAACACGGUGUCUUUCACUGAGAACAUGCCUAUAACAUGUUUUGAUAACCAAUGACAAAGCUGUACUUGGUUGUCUAUGAAGUUGACUGUUACAUUUAAAAACAAAUGUAUUUUUCCUGCAUUGUGAUUCUUCUGAGCAUUUUGACUUGAGUAGAUUUCGUACACCGCAUUACAAGCACUACAGUGGGAAACGGCACUGUGCACGUUGCUUACGAGCCUGUAAUGUUGGUGUAAAUGCUGCAUUUCAGAACACUUUUUUUUUUUUAUAGGAGGUUGUUUUCAGGUUUGAUGUGUGGUUUUGAUAGUUUGGAUAUUUCAUUCACAAAAAAAAUCCUUGUGUUGCCUUCCCCCCCCACCCCCCAAUGACCAAAAUCCAAUGUCUUAUAUGUACCGUACACGUUAGUGUCAGGGAUGAGUAAACUCUUAUUAAUGCUGGCACGCUAUGUACAUACAGACUUCUUAACGACACACAAACCUCCAUUUACUCUCAUGUACACGUAUACACUUGAUUAAAACAAUUUUUAUAUUGUUGAAAAAAAAAAAUGGAUGCAAGUUUUUGAUAUAGCUAUACAGACACACGCACGCAAGGGCUUUUAAAGUGCAAAAUUUAAACUCUGCAAAGAGGUUUUAAAGUAGACUGGAUUUCCUGCCAGAGUUUAGGCUGUGUUUACAUUUGCUAUAGUAUUCUGAAGCCUUCCAGUUACGUACUGUCUUGCACUUCCUCUCGACACGUGUUAACGUUUGUCCUGACUUGUGUAAAUGCACUCCCCGCUCCACGUGAACUGAGAGCCACGCGGACGUGCCGACCUUCAGCCUACGGAGCGGCGCAGACAAUCGGGAUUUCCGUCCUCUUGUGGCCGAGAUGCUCACUUUUCAUUUUGGGGUCCUUUUUGAGUUUUUUUUUUUUUCUGCAAUGAGAUUUAAAGUGUUUUUGGUUUGCUUUGUUCCUUUGUAAUUUCAUUGAAUAUACUCUGGUUUGAGUUGUUAAUACUCCUCUACUUUAGCAGCUACCUUUUUAUUGCCCAUCACAAGCGUUUGGCAUCAGUUAUCAUUUUGUGUCUCUGACAAACUUAUCAAAUCUGUAGCCUGAUACUAAUAAGUGCCCAGUUUGUUUUGCAUUCAUGUCAUAAGCCACUGACACUGUAGUGCAUGAUUGGAGUUUAUCACACUUGUAAUCAGAGAGAAUGAAUGUGUCAUUUUUCCUCAAUCUUGCAAUUACAUCAAUGAAUAAGGUUCUCUUAUCACUACAUAGAUCACUAUUCUAUACGAUCUUAUGCAACGUAAAACAUGUACAAAGUAUGCGGUUAAUGGGAUAUAUCUAUACGGUCUUGCAUAGGGUAAACCAAAUAAAAAUUGUCAUUCAUA